AUGGGAAAUAAUAGCGAUGGUUCAGGGAAUGAGUCUGCGGGUUUGUCUUCGAAACGUGGAAUAGGGCUCCGAGUCACCAACAUUGACGACAAUCUGAAGCUUCCAAGAAGGGGGAUGUUUUCUACAUCUGAUGCAUCGAUUUUGGAUGGUUUGGAAAAAAUAUCGAAAUCUGUGGAGAAUCCAUUUGCUAAACCUGUUAUGGUGAAUACCUUGGCUAAAGGUACGAGUAAUAUUCAGGCUGAAGAUGGUCAGAUUCCUCAGGGGCAAGUCAAGCAAGCUGAUAUAUCUUAUGCUUCAAAAUUGAAGUCGAGUAAGCCUACUAAACCUGUUAAUUUCAGAAUUUUAAAAUCUGAGGAAGUGUUAGAGGAUGUUGAUAUUGUUCUGCCUAGAGAGACUGUUAGAAUGAGCCAGGAUAAGUAUGCAAAUACACUCUACGGCUAUUUUCUAGGGAAGAGACUGGCUUUUCCAGUCGUGGAGUAUUUUGCUAGAAAGAAUUGGGUGAAAUUUGGUUUACAAAAAUCAAUGAUGAAUUCCAAUGGUUUUUUCUUUUUUAAGUUCUCGGAUGAAAAAGGAAUGAAGGAGGUCUUAGAAGGUGGUCCAUGGCUGAUCAAAAACACACCGUUCUUGUUAAAUGCUUGGUCUCCGACCACAAUUCUUAAAAAAGAUGAUAUCAAAAAGGUGGCGGUGUGGGUUAAGAUUCAUAAUGUUCCAUUAGCAGCUUAUUCAGAUGACGGCUUGAGCAUGCUAGCAACUAAGCUGGGUACUCCAAAAAUGCUUGACUCUUAUACGGCUCAAAUGUGUUCAGAUGCAUGGGGAAGGAGCAGUUUUGCUCGAGCACUAAUUGAACUCUCGGCUGAAGAGGAAAUAAAGGAGGAUCUAAAAAUUGCUAUCCCUAUGGUAGAUGGUGAAGGGUACGUGAAAGAAACCAUGAAGGUGGAGUAUGAGUGGCGUCCUCCGAGAUGUGAGACAUGCAAAGUGUUUGGUCAUCAGUUUUCUGAGUGCCCAAAAAAUGUCAAGAUUGUGAAGGAUACGGUGGAAGAAAAAGAUGCUGAUGGUUUUAUUGUUAACAAGGGAAAGAAUAACAAGAAGAAGGGGAUUAUCAUAAACAAACCGAAGCAAAACUUCAUUUAUCGACCCAUUGAGAAGAAACCGAGCAAUAAUUCAAGUGGAGAGGCGUCGAGUAGUUCAGUCCCUACGUCUAACCCGUUUUCUAUUUUGGAUAAGGCAGGUGAUGGUCUUAACAAGCCAGUAAAUGUAAUCUCAAAUAGUUGCCAGGUUACCCGUACGGAAGAGAUUUUGGAUGAUGAGGAAAAUAUUGAAACGGUGUAUGAUGAAACCGCUUUAUUCAUGGAAGCGGGUGUUAAACCAAACUCUGAGGGGGCAAGCACUCCCGGUUUUGUGAGUUUAGAUGGGUAG